GUUCCAUGGACAUGGGACGCUAGUCAUCAAGAGGCCUUUGAUCAGGUUAAAUCUUCGCUAUCUGAACAGUGUACGUUGGCCUAUUAUGACCCUAACAGAUCAACGAGUGUUGUUGUGGAUGCUAGUCCUGUAGGCCUAGGGGCUAUUUUGGUUCAAUAUGACGAACAGGGCAUUUUGAAAGUGAUUGCUUUUGCCACUAGAGCACUAACAGUAGUUGAACAGCGGUACAGUCAGACAGAACGAGAAGCGUUGGCAUGUGUGUGGGCAUGCGAGAAAUUUCAUUUAUAUUUAGUUGGUUGUCAGUUUACCUUGUAUACAGAUCAUCAAGCGUUAGAAAUCCUUUACUCAGCGAAGGCCAAACAAUCUGCUCGAAUACAGAGAUGGGCAUUGCGCCUCCAGCAGUAUAACUACACGGUCAAGUAUCGUCCAGGCACAGGGAAUCUGGCAGAUUUCCUUUCGCGGGCACCAAUUAACGAGCCCUCGGGACAGUCUAUUGCCGAAGAAUAUAUUAACUUUAUAACAGAGCAAGCCAUUCCCAGAACAAUUACCUUGUCAGAGGUGCAUGAAGCGACAAAGAACGAUAAAGAACUGCAGUCAGUUGGACGAGCACUUCAGUUUGGCAACUGGAAAGACAAAUCCAUAUCAGCUUAUUUUGCAGUACGGCAUGAAAUAACAUCAGUAAGGGGUGUACUGUUGAGAGGACACCGACUGAUGAUUAUACCAAUAUCACUUCGAAAUAGAACUCUAGCCCUGGCACACAGGGUACACUUGGGAAUUGGGAAUUGUCAAGACCAAACAAAAUUUGAGAACCAAGGUAUGGUGGCCUAGAUUAGAUAAAGAAGCAGAGCAACAUGUAAAAGGAGUGUUUGACGUGCCAAAUAUCUGGUAGUCCUGAACCCCCUCCACCUCUAGCAGUUGUCCCAUCUCCAAUGGCACCAUAGUCAUGUAUUCAUGUUGAUUUCUAUGGAGAGCAUCUAUUGGUGAUGUUAGAUGAAACAACCGGAUUCUCAAAAGUUGAGAUUAUGAAUAAAACCACAGCUUUUCAUACAAUACAAGCGUUUGAAAAAGUUUUUGCCCGCCACGGACUGCCAGACACAAUUAGGAGCGAUAAUGGCGACCCGUUCCAGUCCAAGGAAGUUAAGGACUAUUUCACAACACAAGGCAUCCACCAUCACCGUGUAACACCUUUAUGGCCCCAGGCCAAUGGAAAAGUGGAAGGCUUUAUGAAACCUGUGGGUAAAGCUAUUCGAGCGGCUUGGGCAGAGGGUCGAGAUUGGCAAAGAGAAUUAUUCGCAUUUUUGAUGAAUUAUCGUACUACGCCCCACCUAUCUACAGGUGUGGCGGCAGCCGAGAUGCUUUACAAACGAGUAAUUCGAUCUACCGUUCCGUCUUUCUCUCAGGCACCUGCCAAUACAGCUGCAGAAAGGGUUUUGAAAGGAAAGGCUAAGUCAAAACAAUAUGUAGAUGCCAGAAGACGUACACGAAAGUCAUCGAUAAAGGAAGGAGAUACAGUGUUGGUGAAACAGAAAAAGAAGAACAAGUAUACAACCAUGUUUCGUCCUCAACCAUACAAAGUUAUCAAUGUGCGAUAUUCCAGAGUAACAGCGCAAAGGGGUGAUCAUGUGAUUACAAGAAACGUUUCGCAUUUUAAGAAAUUUAGUGGAGCGUAUGGAGAAACUGUUCCAAAUCCUGAGUCAGAAGAUGAUAUACCCAUGGCGGCCCCACAAGCAGGACAGGACAAUGAUCAAGACAUAAUUGAAAUAGGCAUCCUUUAA